AUGGCAAAUGGCGGGAAUGCAGCUGCUUCACUGGGAUACAGUACUGCACACAGCCCAGGUCCUGAUGCCCAGAAAAGAAAUCGGCCUCAUGACCUUUCGAUUAACACCGGCGUGGGAGCUGGUGCCGCCCCGCCUCAAGUCGACGACACUGAGCAGAGUCAAGCAGCGAACAAGCCGGUAUCGUGGAGUUCGCUGCCUCGAAAAGACCAGCUUCUAGUAUUGGCCCUGGCACGGCUGUCAGAGCCCUUGACACAGACGUCGCUAGGCUCAUACCUCUACUACCAGCUCCAGUCGUUUGACCCCUCACUCUCCGAGUCCAAAAUCUCGUACCAGGCUGGUAUCAUUGGCGCUGUGUUUCCAGCCACGCAGUUCCUAACUGCCAUGCUAUGGGGCCGCUUUUCCGAUUCUGAGAGUGGCGGUCGCAAACGCGCCAUCUAUCUGGGUCUGGUGGGAACUAUGCUGAGCACCAUUGGCUUUGGCUUCUCGCACAAUUUUGCCAUGGCUGUGUUCUUUCGCAGUAUGGCUGGGAUUUUGAAUGGGAAUGCGGGUGUGAUGAGGACUAUGAUUAGUGAGAUUAUCAAGGAGAAGAAGUAUCAGAGCAGGGCGUUUCUGCUCAUGCCCAUGACGUUCAAUGUUGGCGUCUUGAUUGGACCUGUGCUCGGUAUGUGGAGAUGGUCUGUAUUCGUGCUUCUGCUAACACCAGCAGGUGGCGUGCUCGCAGACCCUGUGGCCAGCUAUCCGUCCUUGUUUGGAUCUCACUCUGUGUUUGGUGGCAAGGAUGGUGUUUGGUGGAUGAAGCAGUACCCUUACGCGCUGCCCAACCUUGUCAGCGCGAUAUUCCUAUUCCUCUCAUCGGUCGCAGUUCUCUUCUUGCUCGAAGAGACGGGAGAGCUUUGCAAGGAUCGACCUGACUUUGGCCUCAAGAUCGGUCGCUGGAUACGCAGGACUAUUUUCCGUCAAGAUGUCGCUCCAGAAGCUGGAUACAACAUCGUCCCGAGCCACGACCUGGAACUCCAACCGACACCGACAUCCCCUCAUGCCAACGGCACCGCCAGCUUUGACAAGCCAAGCAAGCUGGUUCGACAAAAACUUCCUUUCCGCCACAUCUGGACACGCAAUCUCAUCACGACACUGUGCGCCCACGCCGCCCUCGCCAUCCACGUAGGCACCUUCAACGGCAUCUGGACUCUGUUUCUCUCCGCGCCGCGCUUCGACCCUGCACACCCACACCCACCGCACUUCAAGCCGCACGGCCUCUUCUUCACGGGCGGCCUCGCCAUGCCCCCCGCACGCAUCGGCCUCGCCCUCGCCAUCAUCGGCAUCAUCGGGCUCCCCCUUCAACUCUUCAUCUACCCCAAACUAUCCCACAAUCUCGGCACUACAAGAUGCUUCCGCAUCUUCCUCGCUUUCUUCCCACUCACAUACACGCUCGCCCCCUUCCUCAGCCUCGUCCCCAGCUGGACGGCGCCCCCCGCCGGCGUCACAGGCCCCUGGAUCUGGACCGCCAUUACCUGCGCGCUAUCGAUCCAAGUGCUCGCACGCACUUUCGCGCUCCCCUGCACAGCCAUCCUCAUUAACAACGCCAGUCCACAUCCGUCGGUGCUGGGAACAGUCCAUGGCAUCGGCCAGUCUGUAUCGAGUCUUACGCGCACCGUCGGCCCCAUCUUGUUCAGCUGGUUAUUCGGAAGGGGACUCGACAUGGGCAUGGUAGGCCUUUCCUGGUGGUGCAUGGCUGGCGUCGCUGUUGGCGGCUGGGCAAUUGCCCAAGGGGUGCGUGAGGGCGAUGGCCAUGAGAUUCUACUGGAAGGCGAGAAGAGAGAGGGUGAUUGA